AUGGCGGACAUUGGGGAGGAUACGACUAUAUAUGAUUUGGACAUUAGCAAACAUGUCUACCUCCAGAUGAUCGCGGCUAUCGAGGAAGAUGCUGAAGAAGUCGAUACCGCGCCAAUUUCCACGCUAGCUGAAUAUGAAGGAACGCGUGCAGAAACGGCUAGGCUUAUCCUUGGGCGAUACAAUUUCCUGACCUCAAACUUUCUCCAAGAAGAGCGUCACAUACAAAAGAUUCGUGGCACGCGAGAGGUGCUAGACCCCGACAUUUGGACCAGGUUCAACGGAAAGGAGCGAAUGAAGACUGUAUCUAUGGCACUGGUGCUUUGUUUGCAUUUAGGCGUUGAUCCUCCCGAUCCUGAACCUUGGCCCGAGCAGCGUGCCCGCAUCGAAGCCUGGAUUGAUCCCCGAGGCUGGAGCGCACAAAAAUCGACGAGCGCAAUAGGUUACGAGCUCCAGAAUGCCUAUGCCCGGCUGCAGCCUCGAGCCCGAUACAAGGUAUCGAUCGAUCCAACGCACGAGGACCUGAAGAAGGUCUGCUGUUCGAUGAGGAAGAACGCUCGGGAAGAACGUGUACUUUUUCACUAUAACGGCCACGGUGUCCCGCGUCCAACAAAGAACGGCGAAAUUUGGGUAUUCAAUCAACUAUACACGCAAUAUAUUCCCGUGUCCAUCUGUACCCUCCAAACUUGGCUCGAAUUCCCUUGUGUGUACGUUUGGGAUUGCAACUCGGCGGCCAACUGCAUUGAUGCAUUUAUCAGAUUCGCUGAGCAACACAUGGAGGAUUGGGAGCACGAGUUCCAAGAUUGGAAGGAAAAAUUCGAGGGCCCACGUCCUGAGAUCACCUCCAGCACAACUUAUGUCGAGCAAGCAAAACUCUACGGCUUUCACAAACCACCAAAUUUUAUGGAAUGUGUCCACAUGGCAUCAUGUGGGGGAGACGAACGGCUUCCACUUGACCCGCGUCUACCAGCCGAUCUUUUCACAUCAUGUCUCACCACCCCAAUCCAGACCAGCAUCUUAUGGUACAUGAUCAAAAAGGACGUCCGUCACAAAUUCCCCGAGGAUCUAUUUGCCCAUAUCCCUGGCCAGAUUACCGAUCGUCGCACACUAAUGGGAGAGCUGAACUGGAUCUUCACGGCAAUUACCGAUACGAUUGCUUGGAACUGCCUUUCGAGGGAGAUAUUCCAGAAAUUGUUCAGACAGGAUCUGUUGCUAGCCUCGCUAUUCCGAAGUUACCUCCUAGCGGAAAAAGUUUUGGAAUAUUUUGGAUGUCACACGGAUUCCUUCCCAAGGCUCCCAAAAAUGGCUGACCAUCCGCUUUGGGAGAGCUGGGAGAUGACUUUGGACUAUGCUAUCGAUUAUUUGGACAAAUAUAUCUAUGGCAAGAAUCCAUUGAACAAAUCCCUCUUUGUUGCCAAUGAGCUCUUCACAGCCACGAGUAAACGAGAAGAAUUGCUGGAUCUAAGCGAAGCGGAAGUUGCGUUUGGAGAACAGAGCCACCUCUUCUUUGUCCAUCAAAUGAGGGCCUUUCAAACUUGGUUGGAAGGCUUCCAUGACAAGGAUAAUCCUCCGAUACAACUUCCGGUUGUUCUACAAGUCCUUCUCAGUCAGCAACAUCGUACCCAUGCGCUCGAGUUACUGUCGAAAUUCCUGGACCUUGGCACUUGGGCCAUUGCCUAUACCCUAUCCGUCGGUAUCUUCCCAUACAUUAUGAAACUGCUUCAAACAACACAACGUGACCUGAAGCCCUGGCUUGCUUUCAUCUGGGCAAAGAUUCUCGCUGUCGAAAAAGACAUUAACCGUGAAUUAUACCAAGAAGUCGGCGAAGAAGGCGGAGUGCAGGUAUCGUUCUACCGACCCGAGCUUCGUCAUAUGAGAAUCCUUUUCUUCCUCCAAAUCCUCAACGACACUGGUGUCAGUGCUCGGCAGAAAAUUGUUGUUGCCUACGUAUUGGCGAUGUUAUUCCAUCCAUCAUUUGAAAAUGCAAAUGAUGCUCGCCGCUAUCUCACUGAUCGUAAUUUUAUCAAUGACUGCAGUGAAGUGCUUGUCGAUCCGGCAUCAAAAGAGGUUCAUUUGCUUCGCGGAUGGCUGAAUGUGGCUAUGGGUAAUUUGUGGCGUGACUUUAACGAUGCUCGCUGGCAAGCCGUUCGAGUCAGCGGAUUCCAGAAGGUCAUCGAAGAUCUAACAAACGACAGCGCUGAGGCUCGAGCAUGUGCUUGCUAUUCUCUAGGAUGUUUGAUAAAGAAUCAUUCACAUACUAACGAACAUGCAACUGUGAUUGAUGGUGAAGCGGCUACGGCAAUCAUUGCUGCUUGUCUUUUUGACGGCUCAACCUUGGUUCGAGAAGAAAUGUGCCUAGCCCUUCAAUACUUUGUCAUCGAUUUUGAAGAAAUUCUCAGCAAGUACUAUGUGAGAUUGCUCGAGCAGAGCAAGCUAGAUUUUGUGGAGGUAAUGCUGGAAGACUUUGAGGCUUCAAAGGACGUCCAGAAAAACGGCGGUAUCACGCCGUUCUGGGAGGAAUUUCCGGAAGCAAGGCCUUACGGGAAGGGGGCUACCGCUCGCCCUACAUUACCGCGCAAAACCCAAAUCUAUUUUGGGGUCGGUGGGAUGACAAAGCGAGAAAAAUGCUUCAGGUUGCGGGUGAUGAAGCAAAUUUCGAGCCUGGAGACUCAUCAGUUUAUGGAUCCGUUUUAUCGAGUCUUGUUAGGGCUUUUGAGGCUUGUUCUGGAUCCGAUGCCGAAGAUCAGCGAGCUUGGUCAAAUGCUGAUUCGAAAGAUCGAAAAUGUGGCCCUGGAAUAUCGAGCUUCAAUUGAGCGUCGUCUUUUAGCGUCUGUGCGAAUGCAUGCGUUCAAAAUCAACGGAAAAAUCGCUGAAGAAAACAAGCCUCCCAGCAGGAAAGCGUCAUUGGCUGAGAUGCGGAAAGAAUUACCACCACUAUCAACCUCACCUCGGAGCAAUUACGUUCCCCAAUCUACCACAGAUGUCGUCGAAGAUGAACCGGAAGAUACGGGGCUUAUGCUAAAACUCGACAAAGAGGCAACAACAACCAGUGGCAACGGCUCGAUUAAGGAAAUUGUGCCUCGAAAGGGAUCUACCACGACAUCGCCAGUGAAAACACCAUUGAGCCCAAAGGUGAAGAUGGACUCUAUGCAACCACCAACUGGUGCCAUCGAUUUUUUGAUGUGGCGUAAGCAAAUGAGUGCGGAUCCGAAUAAUCUGACGAUGAAAGACUUCAAUCCGAAUUCGAUUAUUGCCAAGGAUCAUACUUUCAUUGCCAAGCGGACCAUUGCUGGAAGGAUAGGUGGAUCCGAAAUGAAGGCACCUCAGCCUCACCCAAAGGCCGAAGAAUCCUCCAUCAAUCCUCCCAUCUACGAGCCGCUCUUCAUCAACGAAUUUAUCAAGUGGCUCGGGAAAGGAUUUGCGGAUCCUUGUAUCAGUCUUGUUUUGAGUGAUUCCCCGUGUGAUGGGCUUGGCGAUAGGAUGAAUACAGCCCAUCACCCAACGUUGUAUCAACAACUGGAAAAUGAAAAGCUGGAAGCACUAGCGGCGGAUGAAUUCGACGCAAUUGAAAAGGGCUACAAGACGAUAUUAAAUCCCAGAACAAAGAAAAUGCAACGUCAGGCGACCGAUCCAAACGUUCAAAUGCUAGCCGUGAGAUCUGAUGAACCCAUCGUUGCCUCUGCAUUCUCUCGAUUACGACCAUAUUUCUAUGGAACCGAUAAGAACUACAUCUACGCCUACAAAUAUGACACCAAGAGUUGUUACGAAGUCUUGCGGUGGCAUAUUUACGGCGGAAAUAACUUUAUGGAGGAUGAAGCCUGCUAUAUCGAAACCAUAAAUCCAAUGGGAAAUGAGAUGGUGUUGGUUGGGUCUGCAAAUUCAAUCGUUCGUAUCUUCAACAUCAACUUCGAUCCGGAUAGUGGGGAUCGUUUUAGGAGCCCGCCAAAAAUGAUGACCGCCUUCCAAUCGCUAGGAAACAUGAUGAAGAAUCCUAUAAAUUAUCAAAAAUCCUCGAAAGCACCUGCAGUUUACAGCUGGAACCAACCCAGUGGAACAUUAGCGAUAGCUGGAUCUGCUCGAUCGGCAAGAUUAUGGGAUGCCCAUUGCGAGCGUCAUACUUAUGAAGUCCUGUACGAAUAUGCCAAAGAGGGUUCCAUCACAGCCGUUGCGAAUGAUCUUGGUUCUAGCAAAUUGUUUGCUGUUGGCUUCAAAGAUGGUGUCGUACGAGUUUAUGACAGUCGUCUUCAAGCCCGGGAAGCUCGUACCUUCAUCACCCCUGUUAAUGGCUACAAGACUGUUGGAAUGCACAUAACAACCGAUAGCACCGGAAAUCCGAAGCUAUGCAUUGGAUGGAUAAAUGGCGCUAUCCAAGUCUAUGAGCCGAGAAUGUAUAAGGAGCCCGUGGUCUCAUUGAGCAAUGAGAACAAACACAACUCACAGUAUGCAACGAAUGACAGGACGGUUAUUUCACAUUUUGCAGUGCAUGAAAAUGGACAGCAAAUGGCCGCUGCCAUUAGAGACGAAAAUUCCGAAGUGAUCCUCUACGACAUAUCCGGAAAACUCUUGACGCGAGUGCAAAAUAAUGAAGUCGAAGGUCGGAAAAUCACCACACCGACGUCAUUAUCUCUCCACCCUAUCCGACCGAUAAUGGGGAUCGGUACGUCCGACCGUUACCUUUCAGCAUAUGGUGUUGUCAAUCGA